AUGCCUUCCAUUGACACUCCCGUUGAGCUCAACGAAGACGUCCGAGUCCUCGGCUAUGACCCUCUGAUUCCUCCCGCCCUCCUCCAAAGCGAGGUCCCUGCCACCCAGGCCUCAAUCGAGACAGUGUCCCGGGGCCGAAAAGAAUGUAAAGAGAUCAUCCACCAGCGCGAUGACCGACUUCUGGUCAUGGUCGGGCCUUGCUCGAUCCACGAUCCCGCCACAGCACUCGAAUACGCAGGCCGGCUGAAACAACUUGCAGAGAAGCUCUCACCAGACCUGUGCAUAAUCAUGCGAGCUUACCUCGAGAAGCCUCGGACCACGGUCGGCUGGAAGGGGCUGAUCAACGACCCGGACAUUGACGAGUCCUACAAGAUCAACAAGGGCCUGCGGGUGUCUAGGCAACUCUACGCGGACCUCACGGCCAUGGGCGUCCCCAUUGCCAGUGAAAUGCUCGACACCAUCUCCCCCCAGUUCCUCGCCGACCUCAUCUCCCUCGGUGCCAUUGGCGCCCGAACCACCGAAUCGCAACUGCACCGCGAGCUGGCCUCUGGUCUGUCGUUCCCCAUCGGCUUCAAGAACGGCACAGACGGCUCCCUCAGCGUGGCCAUCGACGCCGUCGGCGCCGCCGCGGCCAGCCACCACUUCAUGGGUGUCACCAAGCAGGGUCUCGCGGCCAUCACCAGGACGAGCGGCAACGAGGACGGCUUCGUCAUCCUCCGCGGCGGGUCCAAGGGCACAAACUACGACGCCGAGAGCGUCAAGGCCGCAAGAGAAGCGCUGAAGAAGAAGGGCCACCCGCAAGUCAUGAUGAUCGACUGCUCGCACGGAAACUCCAAAAAGGACCACAGGAACCAGCCUGUCGUGGCCCAGGCCAUCGGCGACCAGCUCCGGCAGGGCGAGGACGCCAUCGUCGCCGUCAUGAUCGAGUCCAACAUCAACGAGGGCAACCAAAAGGUCCCCCCCGAGGGCGGCCUCGCCAGCCUGCAAAAGGGCAUCAGCAUCACCGACGCCUGCAUCAACUGGGACACGACUGUCGAGGUUCUCGAGCAACUCGCCGAUGCCGUUCGGACGAGACGGCAAGUCAGAGCCAAGCAGCAGCAGAAUGGCACCAACGGCGUCAAUGGCCACCAUUAG